CAUCCGCCCACUUUUAUUUUUACAGAUAUGCAUUGAUUGAUUCCAAUCGUUAUGGAAAAGUUUCCUUUGAAGGGUAAUCGUGAAAUUGCUGCAGAGGGAAAUAGCUAUAUAACGGCAUAUCAGUCUGUGUUAAAAAAGUCGAACGGUCAUACCGCUGGCGAUACUAGUAAUUCAGACCAUCCAUUAGCAGCUCCAUCAAACAGUGCAGCAACAACAUCGCUUACUACACCUGAAGAUGAUGAUGAAAUGAUUGACAUUACUCCGAGAUCAAGUCCCGGCGACGUUACUAAUCAUUUUAACUCAUAUAGUCGUACGAGUACUGCAGACAAUUCCGAUAUGGAAAGAGAACGCGGAGAUUAUCUCCACCAACAACAAUCCACUAGUAGUAGUCAUCAAAAUCAACGUACACAUCAACAUGUGCCAACACACAGUGCUUUUGGAGAUUCAUUGGAUGAACCACAUGAUGAUAUACCCGGCAUUGGGCAAUAUGAUGAUUUUCAUACAAUAGACUGGCAACGCGAUAUAGCACGAGAUCGCAUGCGACAUCGUUAUAUUGUUAAGAAACGUCAAGAUUCCUUGUGGGAUUUAGUGAAAGGAGCCCAUGACGCAUGGUCGGGAUGGUUGUGCGUUCUGUUAGUGGGAAUUGCUGCCGGUUGUGUAGCCGGCAUGGUUGACAUUGGAGCUAGUUGGAUGUCAGACUUGAAGCAUGGGAUAUGCCCACAAGCCUUUUGGUUUAAUCGUGAGCAGUGUUGUUGGCCCUCAAAGCAGUCGGUGUUCGAAGAAGGAAACUGUUCAACUUGGAAAACCUGGCCACAAGUUUUUGGUUUAAGUAGAGAAGGAACUGGAGCUUACAUUGUGUCGUACAUUUGGUAUGUUCUCUGGGCCCUACUAUUUGCUGCACUCAGUGCUUCAUUGGUUCGAAUGUUUGCUCCCUAUGCCUGUGGAUCUGGUAUACCUGAAAUAAAAACAAUUCUGUCUGGUUUUAUUAUAAGAGGCUACUUGGGAAAAUGGACCCUGCUUAUAAAAUCGGUGGGUCUCAUGCUUUCGGUAUCAGCCGGUUUAACUUUGGGCAAAGAGGGUCCCAUGGUUCACAUUGCCAGUUGUAUAGGAAACAUCUUUUCACAUUUGUUCCCCAAAUACGGUCGCAAUGAGGCAAAAAAGCGAGAAAUUUUAUCAGCAGCUGCAGCAGCAGGCGUUUCUGUUGCCUUUGGAGCACCCAUUGGAGGCGUACUGUUUUCCUUGGAGGAAGUCUCCUAUUAUUUCCCCCUGAAGACAUUGUGGCGUUCGUUUUUCUGCGCCUUGAUAGCUGCUUUCGUUUUGAGAUCCCUCACACCAUUUGGCAACGAACAUUCAGUUCUAUUCUUUGUCGAAUAUAAUCAACCAUGGAUUUUCUUUGAAUUAAUACCCUUUGUGUUUCUGGGUAUUAUGGGGGGUAUAAUUGGCACACUUUUCAUAAAGGCCAAUUUGUGGUGGUGUCGUUUUAGAAAAUUUAGCAAAUUGGGACAAUAUCCAGUAAUGGAAGUUCUAGUUGUUACUCUAGUCACUGGCAUAAUUUGUUAUCCGAAUCCGUUCACCCGCAUGAACAUGAAUGAACUAAUAUAUCUUCUCUUUAGUCAAUGUUCGCCAGGAGAUGUAUCAAAUCCUCUGUGCGAUUACACACGCAUGAACAUAACAAGCGGAGCAUCUUCGUCGAUAGAGGUAACACAGUUGGGUCCUGGUGUCUAUCGGGCAAUUGGUCUUUUGAUAUUGACAUUCUUCUUGAAGUUGGCUUUAACCGUUUUUACUUUUGGUAUGAAAGUACCUGCCGGUCUUUUUAUACCAUCACUCCUGCUUGGAGCCAUUAUGGGCAGAAUUGUUGGUAUUGCCGUAGAACAAUUUGCAUAUAGUUAUCCGAAUGUGUGGUUUUUCACCGGAGAAUGUGUACAAGGCAAUAAUCUCAUAACACCUGGCUUAUAUGCAAUGGUAGGAGCUGCAGCUACACUGGGCGGUGUAACCCGCAUGACGGUAUCCUUAGUAGUUAUAAUGUUCGAAUUGACCGGCGGUGUGGGUUAUAUAGUACCAUUAAUGGCAGCAGCCAUGGCUUCAAAGUGGGUGGGCGACGCAUUGGGAAGACAGGGUAUAUAUGAUGCUCAUAUUGCUCUGAACGGGUAUCCAUUCCUAGACAGCAAGGAAGAGUUUGCACAUACAACGCUAGCUGCGGACGUAAUGCAACCCAAGCGAAAUGAAACGUUGAAUGUUAUAACACAGGAUUCUAUGACCGUGGACGACAUUGAAACACUGUUGAAGGAAACGGAACACAACGGCUAUCCAGUAGUGGUGUCUAGAGAGAACCAAUACCUGGUUGGUUUUGUAUUGCGCAGAGAUCUUAACCUGGCCUUAGGAAAUGCAAAACGUUUCUUAGAAGGUAUAAAUGGACAGUCGGUAGUGUUGUUUACAUCGACAGCACCUGCACAAAACUUGGGACCACCACCAUUAAAAUUGAAGAAGAUUCUUGACAUGGCACCAAUUACCGUCACCGAUCAGACGCCCAUGGAGACUGUUGUUGAUAUGUUUAGAAAAUUAGGUUUAAGGCAAACUCUGGUCACUCACAAUGGACGCCUGUUGGGAGUUAUAACAAAAAAGGAUGUAUUGCGGCACGUGAAGCAAAUGGAUAAUGAGGACCCGAACACUGUUUUAUUUAAUUAAAUCGGCAGGCAUACAAAAUUUAAUAUUAUAUUAAUCAA